AGUUGGUGUUGAUUACAUAAAGUAUUUAUCCGACCGCGAUUGAGUAGAUAAGGUGUCGUGGAGAAAGCAGUUGACUUUGAAUUCUUCUCAACUAAGCAACAAUGGAAACUACAGAGGAAUGUGCACCUGGUGAGAAUGAAAAACUGUCAAAAUAUUGGAAUGCCGUCAAAGAAUGCCCAUCAGAUUUUACAAGUUGGACAUGUUUAUUGCAGAUAAUCGAUCAAGAGAAUAUACUUGAAAAAGGACGGGAAAUAUAUGCAGAGUUCUUCAAGUGGUACCCAUAUUGUUAUGGUUAUUGGAAAAAAUAUGCUGAUCUUGAAAAGAAAAAUGGAAAUCUGGAAUUGACAGAGAAGGUAUAUAGUGCUGGAGUUAAGGCCAUACCACUCAGCAUAGAUUUGUGGAUUCAUUAUUUGAAUUUUGUGUCACAGUAUGUUAAGGAGGAACCCAAUGGUGCAGAAAAAAUUAGAGCUCUUUUCGAAAAAGCCAUUGAAACAGCAGGUUUGGAAUUCCGCUCUGACAAACUCUGGGAUGCCUAUAUUGACUGGGAGAAGUCUCAGGGAAAUUUGGAAAAUGUCUUGACUCUAUACGACCGACUGUUAUCGACACCUACACAGCAAUAUAUCAAGAACUUCACCAAGUUUAAAGACUGGAUCAACAGUAUUGAGCCAAGUGAAGUUCUAAGUACUGAGGAUUAUGUGAAAUUAGUUGGUGAAGUUGAGUCGAUUCCACCUGGCGUUACACAAACAGAUAAAGUCGAUGCAGACAUGAUACAGACUACUGCCCCACCAGGGGAAGAAGCUACGAACCCCCCAGGAGAUAGUACCGACCACAAUAAUUUAGACGGUUCUAACGGUAAUCCAAAUCCAGACGAUUCAAGUCAAGAAAUUGCCGAAGGAACUUCAGAUGGAAAUUCCAAGGAGAAAGAAGAAACCGCCGAAUUAAAAGCAGUACGAGAAAAGAUCAUAGCGAUACGAGACGAGGUUUACAAGCAAACUGAAGAAGAGAUUAAAAAAAGAUGGCACUUUGAAGAUGGUAUUAAAAGACCUUAUUUUCAUGUCAAGCCCUUAGAAAGAAUCCAGUUAAGGAACUGGCGAGAUUAUUUGGAAUUUGAGAUCAAAGAGGGUGAUCAGAAAAGGAUUUGCAUACUCUUUGAAAGAUGUCUUAUUGCCUGUGCCCUCUACGAGGAAUUUUGGCAAAAGUAUGUGAACUACCUCGAAAGUAUGGCUGAUGAUCACUCUGUCACCCAAAUACACGAUGUAUAUGAGCGUGCGUGCACGAUACACCUAACGAAGAAGCCAGAUAUUAUCCUGAGCUGGGCUGCAUUUGAAGAAAGCCAGCAAAAUAUCGGUUUGGCACGAGAGAUUUUGGAGUCCUUGGAAAAUGCUAUGCCAGGCCUAAUUAUGGUGACGCUUCGACGUGUUGGGUUAGAAAGAAGAAUCGGAAGUACAGAAAAGGCAAUAGAGAUUUUGAGAAAAGUAAUGGAGGAGACUGAUUCAGUGGACGAGAAAUCAUUUCUUGCUAUCAAGUGUGCGAAGUAUUAUAACAAGCUUCUUCACGACAAGGACUCGGCAAGAAAGCUUUUACACGAAGCAGUCGAAAAUGACAAGGCAAACAAGAAACUGUAUCUGAAUUUGCUUGACCUUGAAACUGAUAAUAACGAAAUCGCUGAAGAUCGCCUGCAAGAGCUGUGUGAUUUGGUUGAAGGUAGAAGUGAACUGUCAAUGGAAUUCAAGCAGGGAUUUCUGCAAAGACGGUUGGAGAUACUGGAAGAUUUUGGGACGAGUAUUGACAGCAUCGUAAAAGCCUACGAUACGUAUCAAAAACAGUUCAAAAUUAAGCCAGGUGCAAUUGUACCCAAAAAGCGAACAAAUGGUAGCAGCAACGAGGCCACGAUACCCAAGGUAUCUAAAACUGAUGAAUCCCAGACAAGUGCCUCCGCAGCUACUAAUAACGUUUACGCUAACCAUGGAUACGCCCCGCAAGAUCAUACUGCGGUGAUGUCACCCGCAAACUCCUACGCCUAUCCAGCAAUGCCUAAUCAGUGGAACGCCUACGCAGCUGCCCAGACCGCUGGUAGUUAUUAUGGUUGGUACAAUCCGUAUGGCACUUAUCCUUCACAACCUGCACAGUGAUGAGGAUAGAUGCAACCACGACCGAUGCAAGCGUUGUCGAAGCCUUGGGGCAGUGUGGAGUGGAUCAGUGAUGAAGGAACUACCUCAGAAUUCAUCUCUUCAGCUUUAAUAGCUAGUGGUGCAGAAUGGCCAGACUGUCUCUUCAGUACCAACACCUCUCGUUAACCUCUAAUCGGAACUCUCGUUGUACCCUUAUAGUUUUAUAGUCUGAUGCCGAAUCUGCAGCUUUGGGUAACGUCUGUGUCUCAUCAAUGAUAGUUUUGCUAUAAGAUGUUUUGAAUAGAUUUAUUAGAAUCGA